GAUUGACGUGUUUUGUGAGUUGUGACUUAUAAUAUUUCAAUAUUAAUUAAUUUCGAGUUUGGCAAACCAAUCAGAGGAAGUUACAUUUAAAUUCUUAUCUCCAAAAUGGCAAGUCCUAUUUCUUAGUAAAGUAUGGCUAAAGCAGGCAUCAGCUAGAAAGAACCAGAUAUGAAAUGGAUGGUGUUGGCGACCUUCAUUGCGGUGAAUGUGGUCCAGCUGCCGUCUCCACUGGUGAGGACCAAGGAUGGGCUGGUGCGGGGCAGGGUCGUGGGCGCUGGAAGGUUCCACCUCUUCCUCGGUAUACCGUACGGGACUGUGGACAAGAGGAACCGGUUUCAGGCCCCAUUGCCACCUCCGAAAUGGGAAGGGAUCCUCGAUGCCAUCAACGAGAACACCUGGUGCACUCAGCGGGUAGGCAAGUCCUCCAUCACCGUAGGCCAGCCCGACUGCCUCAAACUCAACAUCAACGCUCCCGCCAACGCCAAGCCUGGAGACAGGCUCCCAGUCAUGGUCUUCAUCCACGGAGGAUGCUUCUUCGAAGGCAUGGGCACCCCCUUCGUUUACGGAGGUGACUUCUUCACCGAACACGGCGUUAUAUACGUCGGUAUCAACUACAGAUUGAGCGUUGAAGGCUUUCUUUGUCUCGGUAUCAAAGAAGCCCCAGGAAACGCUGGCCUAAAAGACCAAGUGGCCGCUUUGAGAUGGAUCAAAGAAAACAUACGCGAAUUUGGAGGAGAUCCUGAUAACGUCACCUUAUUCGGAGAGAGUGCGGGCGCUGUUUCGAUUUCUUUCCUUCUUCUGUCCAUGUCAGCGAGAGGUCUUUUCAGCAAAGUCAUCUUACAAAGCGGGUCUGCGCUCUCUCCUUGGGGACUGCAACACGAUCCGAUCAAAACUGCCAGCAAUAUAGCCCGAGAAUUUGGUCAGAAUUCAACUGACCCUCAGGAAAUCUAUGAGACCCUAUCUAAAAGAAGUCCCGAUGAGCUGAUUAACGCAAUAAAGUAUUCGGAACGCAAGAACUGGAUAACAGCUGAGACGUUGUUCGUGCCUUGCAUAGAGGAACCUUUGCCUGGUGUAGAGCCGAUUAUAACAGAGUUUCCGACUACGUUGAUAAAGACAGGGAACUACACGAAAGUGCCGAUGAUAAUCGGCUUCAACGAUAAUGAGGGUAUAUUUUUCGUGGGCAAGGAUUAUGGGACGUCGUUGAAGAAGGUCGACACUGCGGAGACUCUUCAGCCCGACCUGGUGUUCCCAAGUGCUGAAGCGAAGAAUUCGACAGUGGAAAGAAUAGAGAAGCAUUACUUCUCGUCUGAGAAGGAUGAGUUGAUAAUGGAUAUGGUGGAUCUGUACUCGGACGUGCACUUCAAGUACCCGUCGGUGCUGGUGUCGGAACUGUACUCCAGGACCAGCGAUCAGCCGGUGUUCUACUACUUGUUCAAGUACAGCGGGCUGAUAAACGUGGGGAAGACGUUGGCAUAUUUUAUAGGAGCAGAAGGAGCAUCUCACGCCGAUGAGUUGCUCUACAUGUUCCGGCCGCACGCACUGCCGAUGGUCGCGGUCCAAACCUUCGAGGGCCUGAUGAUGGAGCGCCUCACCACUCUAUGGACCAAUUUCGCCAAAUAUAGUAAUCCCACGCCACGGACAUCCCGGCUGCUCCCGAUAAAGUGGCGCCCCAGCCGGGAGUCGAUCCCGCGCGCAUUGGUCAUCGACCACGAGUUCUCCACCGCUCCUAUGUGGCACGAACAAACCAUGCGGCUGUGGAACGACAUAUACAGUCAGUUUAGGAGGAAAGAGUAUGGGUUUCAGCAGUACAGAAGGAAUAGUACAAACAAUUGCUGUGGUAGAAGGCAUUCUUGAUAGUUCAAUAAAUAACAUGAAAACUAUCUCUUAGUGCCUAUUUUCUACAAUGCGGUUUUGUCUGUGGCGUGCGUAAUAACAAUCUUUGAAAUGAAUUGAAAGUGCUUAACUUUUAUCGCAAAAUAUGUAUGUAGAAAAAACAAUGAACAUGCCAUAGCAUAGUGUCUGUAUUUUUUUAACAUCAGAUUUAUUAAUCAAGACUUGAAAAAAAAAUAUUUCGUUAUUUAAACCAAAAACUUUAUGUAUGGUGAUGAAGCUCUAGUCCAAUUUAAAUUAUUAUUUUAGGUAGUUAAUAUGCUUUUGUAGAAGCAUUGUCUUUGUAGGUACAAUUACACUUUAUACU